AGCCGCCAUACCGCAGAAAGUGACACGGAUCUUCUCGGUUGGUUGGACUCUCCUUACUCCUGUGGUUAUAUCUGUUACUUUGUGCCUUGUACAUUACAGGUGAGUAUGGGUUUGGAACUGACUGGAGUAUUCACAAUGGAUCAGAUUCACCACCAUGGACUGCUGAUGAUUCAGUACCUACAGGUCUCUCUACAGCCACACAGCAAGUUUCUGAUCUGGAUCUCUCACCUGAGCAGUCCAGCCUGGUCCUAUACCGUUUACUUCCCUCUCUCCUAUUACCUGCACAAGUCUGUGGGACGUAGAGUGCUGCUGGUAGCAUCUGUGGCUGAGUGGCUCAAUGCCGUGCUCAAAUGGAUCCUUCAUGGGGAGAGACCUUACUGGUGGGGUCAUGAGGCUGGUAUGUGUCAGGGCAAUGACAAACCCUGUAAUCAGUUCUACAUCACUUGUGAAACAGGACCAGGUAGUCCAUCUGGCCAUUGUAUGGUUACUAUUUCUGUCUUUUGUGUCAUGGUGUCAGCAUUGCUGUUUCAUAUUUUUAAAAAUAAAUCACACAGGACUAUUGCUGGGAUCACAUUGUGGACUGCAUUUGGCAUUCUCACCUCUGCCAUCAACAUUUCCAGGUGUUUUAUCUUUGCUCAUUUCCCACACCAGGUUCUUCUAGGUACUGUUGUAGGUAUUCUGACUGCCAUGUGUUUUGAUCACAUAUCCAUGUCGUCCCUCUCCCUCAGACAUUACCUGACCAUCGCAGUGGGGAUGUUACUGGUGGCAGCCAUGACCUACAUGCUCUUAAUACAGAUGGGACUGGAUCCUCAUUGGUCAAUCAGUAAGGCAAAGAAAUGGUGUGCCCAUGAGGAAUGGGUUCACCUCACUACAACACUCUUCUUCUCAGUGGCCAAGGCUUCCUCUAGUCUGGUUGGAUUGGGUUUGGCAGAGACGAUUAAUAAUCAAGGACAGAACGCCGUGGAACAGAAAGUCUCCAAAUUAAUCUCCAUGAUAUUUGCUCUUGUGUUCACUUGUUUAUUAGAAAGAGUAAAUGUCGCCCAAGACUCGGAGUUUCUAUUUUAUCUCUUUUGCUACAUCAAGUAUAUAAUUAUGAUAUUUGUAAUAGCUGCUGUUGUACCUUGGAUUGUCACAUUUUUCACAGUACAAGGAAAUAGAAAAACCAGUAAGGAUAAAUUAACUUAAAAAAUAACUAUUGUGACUUUUGUGAUUGUAUUUUAGAUGGAGGGAUCAAUGGCGUGUAAUUUUCUUAGGUAUAACAAUGUCUCAGAAGAUCUGUAAACUUAAUGAUAAAUGUCAAUCUUGUCUCAAACCAUCAUCUCUUCUGUAUGAUAUGUAUUGGAUUUUAGUCAUAAUUUUUGUUCACAUGUUAAUUUUUUGUGCAGAAGUGGACAUGUUUUUAAGUCAUAUUUACAAUAUCUUAAAAUGUAAAGUGUCAUGAUAAAUGUACAACUAUGAUUUUCUGUUACAUAAAAAGUCUUGUGAUUGCUCACGUUUUGUCCUAUGUUAAUUUUUUUCUGUAAUUGUAGUUUCAGAAACUUUGUGUUUAUAUACAAAAUUUGG